CAUUUUCACUCCGUCCCUCUCCGCUUCCUCUGCUCGCUUCUCUCUCUCUUAGCCGCUCUAUUUCUUCAAUCGAGCGAAGAUGGCCCUGCUGGUGGAGAAGACGUCGACGGGGCGCGAGUACAAGGUGAAGGAUCUCUCCCAGGCUGACUUCGGCCGCCUGGAGAUCGAGCUCGCGGAGGUGGAGAUGCCCGGGCUCAUGGCCUGCCGCGCGGAGUUCGGCCCGUCCAAGCCCUUCGCCGGCGCCCGCAUCUCUGGCUCCCUCCACAUGACCAUCCAGACCGCCGUCCUCAUCGAGUCCCUCACCGCCCUCGGUGCCGAGGUCCGCUGGUGCUCCUGCAACAUCUUCUCCACCCAGGACCACGCUGCCGCCGCGAUCGCCCGUGACUCCGCCGCCGUCUUCGCCUGGAAGGGCGAGACCCUCGCCGAGUACUGGUGGUGCACCGAGCGGUGCCUCGACUGGGGCCCUGCCGGCGGCCCGGACCUUAUCGUCGACGACGGCGGCGAUGCGACCCUGCUCAUCCACGAGGGCGUCAAGGCCGAGGAGGAGUACGAGAAGACCGGAAAGCUGCCGGAUCCGGCCUCCACGGACAACGCCGAGUUCCAGAUCGUGCUCGGGCUCAUUCGCGACGGGCUUAAGGUCGACCCCAAGAAGUACCGUCGGAUGAAGGAGCGGCUUGUGGGCGUGUCGGAGGAAACUACCACCGGUGUUAAGCGGCUUUACCAGAUGCAGGCCAGUGGCUCCCUGCUCUUCCCGGCUAUCAACGUCAACGAUUCCGUGACCAAGAGCAAGUUUGACAAUCUGUAUGGGUGCCGCCACUCUCUCCCUGAUGGCCUGAUGAGGGCUACCGAUGUUAUGAUUGCCGGCAAGGUCGCCGUGGUCUGUGGCUAUGGCGAUGUGGGCAAGGGCUGUGCUGCUGCAAUGAAGCAAGCUGGUGCCCGUGUGAUUGUUACUGAAAUUGACCCCAUCUGUGCUCUUCAGGCCCUCAUGGAGGGCAUUCCUGUUCUCACACUGGAGGAUGUUGUUUCUGAGGUCGACAUCUUCGUGACCACCACGGGGAACAAGGACAUCAUCAUGGUCGAACACAUGAAGAAGAUGAAGAACAAUGCUAUCGUCUGCAACAUCGGCCACUUUGACAAUGAGAUUGAUAUGCAUGGGCUGGAGACUUACCCAGGCAUCAAGCGCAUCACCAUCAAGCCCCAGACUGAUCGCUGGGUGUUCCCUGAGACCAACACUGGCAUCAUAGUCCUUGCUGAGGGGCGUCUUAUGAACCUUGGUUGUGCCACUGGCCAUCCCAGCUUCGUCAUGUCCUGCUCAUUCACCAACCAGGUGAUAGCACAGCUGGAGUUGUGGAAGGAGAGGGAGACUGGAAAGUAUGAGAAGAAAGUGUAUGUAUUGCCUAAGCAUCUGGAUGAAAAGGUGGCAGCUCUUCACCUUGGCAAGCUAGGAGCCAAGCUCACCAAGCUUACUCCAGCACAGGCCGAGUACAUUAGCGUUCCCAUCGAGGGUCCCUACAAGCCUGUUCACUACAGGUAUUAGGAUGCUAUUGGUAAAAAACUGGUUGAUAUCGAUGGCGUUGCUGAUUUACCUAAGAUAUCUGUUCCAUUUUGAAUUCGGGGAAUGCAUUGCAUUGAUUAGGCUAGAAGUAUUUUAGAGGUCAAAUAAAUUUCCUUGGGCUAUUUUGCAUCAUUUGCACGAAUAUAUUUUUGUUUCUCGUGUUUUGAUCA